CCCCCUUGUGCGUGCAGGCGUGGCCACGCCCCCUGACGCCGGCCACGCCCCUCCUCCCCUCAGGCAGCCAUGAUGGCGGCGGCGGCGGCGGCACCGCGGCUCCGGCCGCUCCUGCGGGCCCUGCGGACACAGACGCUGCGGGGACCCCCCUGGCCCCGGAGAACCCCCCUGGGGCUGGGCCCCGCGCCCCGAGGGCUGGCCACCAUCAGCGCCCAGGCAGUCUCCCCAGCCCCUGCAGCUGCCGUGGGGCAGCAGCCCCCCGCCGUGGGGCAGCCAGAGCCUGCCGUGGGGCAGAACCCCCCCUCCACGGGUCAGGAGCCGCCGCCUGUGGCUCAGGAGCCCCCCGCCGUGGGGCUAGAGUCCCCCGCCGUGGGGCUGGGGGAGGAGGUGCGGCUGGAGGAAUUGGGGCUGGGGGCCUUCACCCCCGUGGGGCUGGUGCAAAACUUCCUUCAGUUCCUGCACCUCGACGUGGGGCUGCCCUGGUGGGGGGCCAUCGCCGUCGGGACGCUGGGGGCGCGGGUGGCGCUGCUGCCGCUGCUGGUGCGGGGCCAGCGGGAGGCCGCCCGCCUGGCGGCCCACAUGCCCCAGCUCCAGCUGCUCUCCCAGCGCCUGGCCGAGGCCCGCCGGGGCGCCGACCAGUACCAGGUGGCCCGGGCGUACUCGGAGCUGGCAGCUUAUCAGAAACGGCACGACGUGAACCCCCUGCGCGGCUUCCUCGUGCCCCUCGUGCAGACCCCCCUCUUCGUCUCCUUCUUCCUGGCGCUGCAGAAGAUGGCGGCGGCGCCGGUGCCGGGGCUGCACCGGGGGGGCCUGGCCUGGUUCCCCGACCUGGCGGCCCCCGACCCCUACUACGUCCUGCCCCUCCUCGUCACCGCCUCCACCUGGCUCGUCCUCGAGGUGGGGGCGGAGACGGGGGUGUCGAGCCCGGGGGCGGGGGCGGUGCGUCAGGCCCUGCGCCUGCUGCCCCUCUUCUUCCUCCCCUUCAUCAUCCACUUCCCCACCGCCGUCUUCACCUAUUGGCUGACGUCCAACGCCUUCAGCCUGGCGCAGACGGGGCUCCUGCGCGUCCCCGACCCUCCGGGCCCGUCUCCGGGUGCCCCCCCCGCCUUCCUCGGCGGCCGCCAACCCCCAACCCCCCCCGGCAAAGGGCCCGCCGGCCUCCUGGGGCGGCUGCGGCAGGAGUGGCGGGAGGCGCGGGCGGCGCAGCGGGGGGAGGAGCGGCAAUGGCGGCUGCGGCACCACCUCGACCUGGCCGCCAAGGGCCCCCUCCGACAGACCUUCGCCCACAACCCGCUCUCCCCCCCCGGGGGGGGCCGCCUCCCCCCGCCCCCCGGGCCCCCCCCCAAGCGCCCCUGGAAGGAGACCCUGGGCUGAGGAGCCGCAAUAAACGCUCCCCAAACCGUCCCCGUU